GUUCCUGACCCUCUACCUUUGCGGUGUCCUAUCCGUCAUCGGUUACGACUCGCUGGGCAUCGAUCUGCCAGCCCUGCAAAGCACAUCUGACAUGCUUGGAAUGCUUCAGAGCGACAGUCCGUCUGACAGCGCUUCGCAUCCACCUGCUCCGGCUGCAGAAUCUGCUGUGCCGGUAGAGCCAGUGAGCCUGUCGACGCCUUCGUCGCCUUCUCCGCUGCUGCUGGAGUCCUCCAGGAAGAUACCGAGGGUGGGCCGCAAAGAGCUGAAAUUCAUCAACAGCCAGAUCGGAGGGAACCUCAUCAAGGAGAUGGUGACCACACCUCCUCACAAGUUUGGGCGCGACCCAGCAGAACCAGGUGCGCACUUCUUUGAAGCCUUCCGCCACCUCAGCCAGGAGAGGCGGCGAAAGUACGACUGGUUCUUCGUUGUCCGUGAGCCGGUCGACCGUUUUCUCGCAUUCUACGCCUGCUGCUCCCGAGCCGUGAACCACACGGUCCGGGAGUUCAACGAUUGGUUGCAAAGUCAGCUUCGGGCUGCAACCAACAAGGGCGGCUUCUCUCGCCUGACGGACUACAUGGACCCAGAUUUCGCUGUUCUGCAGCAUGUGAUCCACUUUGAGAACUUGGCGACAGACUUGCGGCACCUCUUGCCCCUCUACAAUUUCAGCUUGGACAAGCUUCCGAUGCAACCGCCAGAAGGCCGGCGCUUUGUCCGUCAAGACAUCAGCGAGGAGACCAUGGGCUUCAUCCGAACCUACUACAUGGGGGACUUUGUGCACUUUGGCUACCCUGUACCGUGA